AUGUCGACCACAGAGACCGCAACGCACAUUGGCAUUGCCAACCUAUGUAGCCACAAGAUUGUCGCGAAGCGGGGAGCAGCCUUCACUAUUAUGGUUGCUGGAGAGUCGGGAUUGGGAAAGACCACAUUCAUCAACACCCUCUUCUCUACCACCAUUAAGAACUAUGCCGACCACAAACGCCGCCACCAGAAGCAGACCGAUCGCACUGUCGAAAUUGAGAUUACCAAGGCUGAGCUCGAGGAGAAGUUUUUCAAAGUCCGCCUCACUGUUAUCGAUACCCCUGGAUUUGGAGAUUACGUGAACAACCGUGAUUCGUGGCAACCCAUUAUCGAAUUCCUGGAUGACCAGCACGAGUCGUACAUGCUCCAGGAGCAGCAGCCCCGCCGAAAGGACAAGAUCGACAUGCGUGUGCACGCCUGCUUGUACUUCAUCCGCCCCACCGGACACACCCUGAAGCCUCUCGAUAUCGAGGUGAUGAAGCGCCUGAGCUCCCGUGUCAACCUGAUCCCCGUGGUCGCCAAGGCUGAUACCUUGAGCCACGCGGAUCUCGUCCGCUACAAGGAGAGAAUCCGUGCAGUGAUUGAGGCACAGGGCAUCAAGAUCUACUCCCCACCCAUCGAAGAGGACGAUGAGAACGCUGCUUCCCACGCCCGCAGCCUCAUGGCCGCUAUGCCUUUCGCCGUCAUCGGUUCCGAGAAGGAUGUCAAGUCGAACGACGGGCGUGUUGUCAAGGGCCGUCAGUACGCCUGGGGUGUCGCCGAGGUGGAGAACGAGGAGCACUGUGACUUCAAGAAGCUCCGCUCGAUCCUGAUCCGCACCCACAUGCUCGACCUCAUUCACACCACAGAAGAAUCGCACUACGAGGCCUACCGUGCGCAGCAGAUGGAGACCCGCAAGUUUGGCGAGGCUCGGCCGCGCAAACUCGACAACCCCAAGUUCAAGGAGGAGGAAGAGACUCUGCGCAAGCGCUUCACCGAGCAGGUCAAGGUCGAGGAGCAGCGUUUCCGCCAGUGGGAGCAGAAGCUCAUCUCGGAGCGCGAUCUAUCAAAGCUCUCGAGCAGGAGAUCGAGGGUAUCCAGGGUUCCAGCACUCGCAGCCACGGACGUCCUCCCGCCAAUUCCUUCUUUCUACCCCAAUCCGACGGCCAUGCCCCGGACAGCGUUCCCAACUAGGCCUCUUCACGUUCUCAAAACACACAAUGGCUCCGUCAACGCCGUAGCCUACUCAAGCUCCGGGGGCACCUACAUCCUCACAGGCUCCACAGACCGAGCAGUCCACCUGUCGCGCGCAGUCCCAGCGAAGUCCGACGGCCAGACAGUCAUUGAGACAACCUCCCCGAUCCAAAAAUAUGAAGCACAUGGCUACACCGUCCUCGACGUCGCCGUCGCAGCCGACAACGCCCGCUUCGCCAGCGUAGGCGGCGACCGCCAAGCUUUCCUCUGGGACGUAGAGCAGGGCAUCACAAUUCGACGAUGGUCAGGCCAUAACAGCCGAAUCGAAGCAGUGCAGUUCGCCGGCGACGGCGACUCAGUAGUGGUAACGGGCAGCGCAGACACAAGCAUCAACAUCUGGGACACCCGCUCCUCAAGCUACAAACCCAUUCAAACCCUCACCGACGCCACCGACACCGUCUCAAGUCUACACGUACACAUGGGCACUUACUCAAUCGCCAGCGGCAGCUACGACGGCCACGCGCGGAUCUACGACGUGCGGACCGGAAAAACAACCAUCGACGUCCUCGCGCAUCCGGUUACGAGUGUGCGCUGCUCGGCGGACGGGAAUGCGUUGCUGGUUUCCACGUUGGACGGGUAUAUUCGCAUGCUGGAUCGCAUGGAUGGGAAGCUGUUGAAUGCGUAUGGGGGUGAGAAACAAGCUGGGCUGGCGCGGACAAAACAGAAACAUGUGUAUCGCAAUAAGGAGUUGCGGGUGAGGUCUGUUUUUGCCAUGGGGGAUGCGGUUGUGUUGAGUGGGAGUGAGGGUGGUGAUGGUGGGGCGGCGGCUUUUGCGUGGGAUGUGCUUGAUGGAGAUGUUGUUGCUUCUGUGCCGGUUGGAGAGGCGGUUCGGGCUGUUAGUUGUGUUGCGUGGAAUGAGGGGGGGCAAUUGGGCUGCUGGGGGAUCGGAUGGGUUUACGGGUGA